AGAAUGAGAGAGAGCUCAGCUUCAGCAAAUGGUUCAUUUACUAGUGCCAUGACACUUAUUGAAAAGGGACUAACCUAUGUUCCCAAGCGUUACGUCCUUCCACCAUCCCUACGCCCCGAUGGAACCCUGUGUAACACAUGCUUGCCAAUUGUGGAUCUAUCCAAUCGGCAACACCCUCUUCUUCGGUCUCAGAUAAUCCAGGAUGUACACCUGGCUUGCAAGAAAUUUGGUUUCUUCCAGGUAGUUAACCAUGGUAUCCCAUUGUCAGUCAUGGACAACGCCAUAGAUGCUGCGAGUGAAUUUUUUGAUUUACCAACUCAAGAUAAAAGGCAUCUUUUGUCUUCGAAUGUUUGUGACCCCGUAAGAUAUGGUACCAGUCUAAACCAUGUCAAAGACAAAGUACACUUUUGGAGAGACUUCCUCAAGCACUACGCUAAUCCAACCUCAACUUGGAUUGACUUGUGGCCAUCAAAUCCCAAAUGUUACAAGAAGAAAAUGGUAAACUACACUAUGGCAGCACAAAAGUUGCAAGAAGAACUCAUGGAAGUGAUAUUUGAGAGCUUAGGACUAAACACUAAUUACUUACAUGAAGACAUUGCGGAAGGCUCCCAGGUCAUGGCAGUUAAUUGCUAUCCAGCAUGUCCUGAGCCAGAUCUUACACUAGGAUUGCCACCACACACAGAUUAUGGUAUGAUAUCCAUCAUUCUACAAAAUCACCAGGGCUUGCAAAUCAUGGGCCGAGAUGAAAAGUGGCAUUCAGUUCCUCUCAUUGAGGGAGCUCUCGCUGUUCUGCUGGGAGAUCACAUGGAAGUACUGACCAAUGGGAUAUACAAAAGUGUUGUCCACCGAGCAACAGUUAACUCAGAAAAAAAGCGCAUAUCAAUUGUCAGCCUUCAUAGUCUAGCUUUAGGUAAAAAAGUUAGACCUGCAUCAGCUCUUGUUAACGAACAAAAUAUCUUGUCCUACAAAGAAGGAGGCUUCGGUGAUUUCCUUGACUUCAUUUCGGGAGAAGAUAUUGUGGAAGCAAAGUACAUAGACACAUUAAAAAUAAAUACAUGAUGAUUAUAGUACAUGGACAACAGAGCAGGCAAUACUGGAAUUCUCAUUUUUACACUCUUCAAACUCCAUUUUGUAUGAUCC